GUUCGCUCCUCCCGAUUGCAAUCUCUACUCCUACUCCCCCGACGCACGGUUUUUGGCUCCUCCAGCCCUCGCGAUCGCUGUCCGGCCGCUGGAUUCGCGAUGCCGACCUUGAGCCUCUCCACCAACGUGCCCGUCGACGCCGUGGUCGCCUCCGACAUCCUCAAGGACUGCACCAGAACCGUCGCCAAGAUCCUCGGCAAGCCUGAGUCCUACGUGAUGAUUUUGAUUAAUGGCGGAGUGCCUAUUGCAUUUGGUGGAAGUGAAGAACCAGCUGCCUAUGGCGAAGUUAUAUCAAUAGGAGCUCUAGGGCCCAGCGUGAAUGCCAAGCUAAGUUCUGCACUUUCUGAAAUUCUUGAAGCAAAACUCUCUGUUGAAAGUUCCAGAUUCUACAUCAAGUUCUAUGACGUGCAGGGUUCUUUUUUUGGCUUCAAUGGUUCCACUUUUUGAACUAUGAAUUAUUUUGGUUAGAGAUGGCCAAAAACCCUGAUCUUUGUUAAUGAUGCAUAAGUCGUAACCGCAUAACGUGGUGGUUUGAUUAUUUUAGCUAAUUGCAUUGUCAUCUAAUAUAUGUAUCGGUAACCACUUUGCUACUACAUUCUGUUAUGCUAAUGAGAAUUUAUCUCAGAAUAUAUGAUUUAUCGGUUGGAUGCUCA